ACAAAAAAUUUUGUUUAAAUAUUUGAUAGUUUUCGGAUAAAUUAUUAGUAAUUAAACAAUAAUUACGGUUGAAAUGGCCGGACUCUUCAGUAUAUUUAACGAAGCAGAAAAUAAUACGAAUUUGUCCUUAAGUAAAGGGAAGGAAGCUCAGUUACAUGUGUCCUCCAAAAUGAAAUUCCAUGGAAAUGUAUCAACACCAGCCAAAAUUUUUACACAUUCACAGAAUAAACCUAAAGGCCUGUCUAUUCGUUCUAAAUCAGAUCUUAAUAUUUCUUCUACGCAUAAUUCAGAAUCAAGUAAAUUAAAUUCAAAAGAGUGUCUAAAAUCACAAUCUAAUAAACAAAGUACACCUAAUAAACAGGCCAUAUUACCAAUAAAAACAAAAAUGGCAAAGAAUAAGUCUUUUGAGAAUAUAAUUGGGAAAAAAUUAUCGCCAAAAAUCUCAUCACCAAUAAUGCAAAAUGUUGUGGAUAAUUUUGUAUUUAGAAAACCAGAAGCACCUAAGCAGCCAAAAAAACUAAUUAAAUGUUCGGAGCCAGAAAAUUUGGCCUAUUAUUUUGAUCACAACAAGCAUAUGAAUGAAGAAAUGGAUAGUAUAUUUAACGAAGAGCGUAGGUUAUUAAGAGCUGCAAGGAAAUUGGAUGAAUCGAAUCCACCUUGCGACGAUGAAGGGUUUAUUUCUGGUUCUGAAAUUGAUUUUUUUGAAAUUCAUAGUGAAAUCAGUUCAUCAAAAUCCACUUUAAGAGAUGUCGAACUCCCAGAAAUCUCUGAUAUCGAAGACUAAAUUAAUAUUGUAUUCUUAAAUCAAGAAUAAUGUAUACUCAUCGUUUAAAUGUAAUGUAGCAUUUGCAUUAUUUAUAAAUACUAAAUAAUGAAUUGCGAUAUGUGA